UUAAUGAAAACGGGGCUCACGUUGUCUGUCGCAGCUUAGGAUUCCAGAGUGUCAAUGCAAAAUUCUAUCAGCUCGCUUACUUCGGACAAAGCACAGGACCGAUCUGGCUUGAUAAUGUUAACUGUACUGGCAGCGAACAAAAGCUGGAUCAGUGUUCUUUCCCUGGCUGGGGAAUACACGACUGCGUACACAAAGAAGAUGUCGGAGUCAGAUGUCAAUUAUCUGUACGGUUAGUGAACGGAUCAGGCAUUUCAAGCCAAGGCAGAGUUGAGAUUCAGAUCAACGGAAUAUGGGGAACGGUCUGUGAUGAUGGAUUUGAUAGCAGGGAUGCUGCAGUAAUCUGCGCCAUGAUGGGAUUCAAUCGAUACAAAGCUCGGGCGAUGACGAGAGCCGCUUUUGGACAAGGUUCUGGUCCAAUCUUUUUUCAAAGUCUGUCUUGUUUGUCGUCUGAUUCAUCCAUCUUAGACUGUCGGGUCAAUCCUAGCGGUAACAAGAACUGUAGCCACAGCGAAGACUCGGGUGUUAUCUGUCAAACAGGCAUUAUAGAAAAAUCAGCAGUACGUUUGGUGAAUGGUACAAGCGUGCAUGAAGGAAGAGUAGAAAUAUUUCAUAAUGGUCAGUGGGGUUCAAUCUGUGAUGAUGGAUUUUACAAUGAGGAAGCUUGGGUUGUAUGUCGACAUUUGGGACUACCAAGUUAUGGUGCAAGGGCAUAUCAAAGUGCUCGAUUUGGACACAGCACAGGACCGAUAUGGCUGGAUGAUGUUACAUGCAGUGGAGAUGAACAUCGUCUAGAUCAGUGCUCCUCCAAUCCCUGGGGUGAAAAUGACUGUCAACAUGGGGAGGAUGUAAGCGUCCAGUGUCCGUUACCUAUACGAUUAGUGAACGGAUCAGGAAUUCCCACACAAGGCAGAGUUGAGAUUCAGAUCAAUGGAACAUGGGGAACUGUCUGUGAUGAUCAGUUUGAUUACAGGGAUGCUGGAGUUAUCUGCCUCAUGAUGGGAUUCAGUCGAUAUGGAGCUCGUGCUGUGGAUGAUGCUGGCUUUGGAAACGGUUCUGGACCAAUCUUCUUUGAUGACUUAGCUUGCAGAGGGAAUGAGUCACACAUCACAGACUGCCCAGGGAACCCUAUUGGGGACCACAAUUGUCACCACAAUGAAGAUGCAGGAGUCAUAUGUCAGACGAUACAUGUACGCUUAGUGAAUGGAUCAGGAAUUGCCACACAAGGCAGAGUUGAGGUUCAAAUCAAUGGGACAUGGGGAACUGUCUGUGGUGAUGGAUUUAGCUCCCGUGAUGCUCGAGUUAUCUGCCACACGAUGGGAUUCAGUCGAUAUGGAGCUGUAACUAUGCUGAACGCUGCUUUUGGAAGAGGUUCUGGACCAAUCUUCUUCGAUGACUUAGCGUGCAGAGGGAAUGAUUUAGUCAUCACAGACUGCCCAGGGAACCCUAUUAGGAAGCACACUUGUGAACAUAGUAAAGAUGCAGGUGUCAUAUGUCAGACGAUUUGUGUACGCUUGGUGAAUGGUGCUACCAGAUAUGAAGGAAGAGUUGAAGUAUUAUAUAAUAAUAGAUGGGGUUCAGUUUGUGAUGACGGUUUUCACCAGAACGAGGCGGAGGUUGUCUGUCGCAGUUUGUCAUUGCCAAGUCAUAAUGCACAUGCAUAUGGCAGUGGUCACUUUGGACGAGGUGUGGGACAGAUGUGGCUUAGAGGUGUUAACUGUAAGGGAUAUGAACAACAUCUGGAGCAUUGUCACUUUAGUUCCUGGUACAACAAUAUCUGUCACCAUGGGAAGGAUGUCGGAGUCAGCUGUCGGUUUGGCCCGGACUCUGUUACAUUCAGUCCACCAACACCAGGAUUAGUUGUAGAAGGAGAUAGUCUGAAUAUCACCUGUGUUACUGACUGCCACCCUCCUUGUUCCUAUUCCUGGGCACCGGGGAGUUCACACUUCACUUCAAGACCUGUGUUAACACUGUCAAAUAUCAACAUAAGUCAGACGGGUAGUACAUAUACAUGUACAGCAAAGAAUAUUGGCUCAGAUGCAUCAAGAAGUAACCAGUUCUUGCUAAUAGUCCACAGUACGCCAAGUAUUCCCUCUAACAUCAGCACACGUAGCAUCAGUCCAACUGUUGUGUCUAUAACUUGGGUAGAGGAAUUCAAUGGUGGAUCAGCACAGAUGUUUCUAGUACAAUACCAAGGAGAUGCAAUAUCACAGUGGACAAAUUUUACUGAACUAUUUUCUGAAAGAGGCAUCGGCAAAAAGCACACGAUCCGGAUACCAGAUCUACACCCAAAGACGAAAUACCUGCUGCGAGUUCUGGCGUUUAACAAAUAUGGAUACAAAGACUUCACAGAGGAACAGGAGAUUUUAACAGCAGAAGCAUCUGUGCCUAAUAAAGUGGAUAUUUUGCCAGUGGCUGUAGGCAGUGUAUCUGGAUUAAUCAUCUUGAUUCUGCUUCUUGUUGUGGCUGUUUUAGUCUGUCGAAGAAGCAACAAUAAAGGUAUGGAACACUUAACUGAAAUUAGAAAGACACACGGAUUGGAGUCCUAA